AUUUCUCACCAAAAUUUAUGAUUUCUUAAACUUAGACAAUAAGUUAAACAAGUUAAGCUAUCUUGCAUCUUAAUUCUAAUUAAUAGCAUGAGAUGGAGUAGUAUAAAUAAAAGAGGGAAAAAAAAAAGAGAUCUGUUUAAUGGACAGAAGAUACUAUUGAUAAUGAAAAUCUUGGAAGACUAAAAUCUAAUAGUAUUAAUUUACAUUAUCAUGAAUUUAGUUUGUUGUAUUUAUCAUAAACCACAUACUGAAGAAUCAGAAAGUUCAGAUACAUGUACAAGUGAUGAUGAGAUUAAUGCAAUAGAAAGAGAUAAAUAAUCAAAAUUAAGACAUAAAAUUAAAUGUUCUAAAAAAAAUAAAAAGUGUUGCUGAAAUAUGAUUUUUUUAAUUUAUUCGAAGUAUUUUUAUUAUUAA